CUGGCGUUGGCAUCGGGCGCCUCGAGAAGAAGCUGCUGAUAAGCAGCUAGGCACCGUGACAACGCAACGUCGACUCGUCCUCAAUUCUAUCCUCCUCCAAACCGCACACCUACUCUUCCCGCCUUCCACGCACCCACGAUCCCCCCAACCCCCCUUAGCUCUGCGAUUCGACGUGAAUACAUAAUAACUAUUUGAAAAAGAAAAGAAAAAGGGAGGAAGAAAGACGGGGGCAUAAGAAUCACCACUAGAAAAGAAGAGGCAGACAAGAUGGGUGACGUACUGGUAGAAAACCCGGCCAACGUCGUGGCGCCACACAACAAACCCAUCCCGUCCAAUAUCCCCAAUGUCGAGAGCAUCGAGGGCAUACCCGCCCAGGGCGGCGACGAAUACGCCGUCUUAAAGAAGCUGCAGAGACAUCUCGAGUAUAUCCAGCUGCAGGAAGAGUACAUCAAGGACGAGCAGAGGAGCUUGAAACGCGAGCUUGUUCGGGCCCAGGAGGAGAUAAAGAGAAUUCAGAGCGUGCCUCUGGUUAUCGGCCAAUUCAUGGAGGCCAUCGACCAGAACACCGGCAUAGUCCAAUCGAGCACCGGCUCUAACUACGUCGUGCGCAUCUUAUCCACCCUCGACCGCGAAAAGCUCAAGCCUUCGUCUUCCGUCGCUCUCCACCGCCACUCCAAUGCCCUCGUCGACAUCUUGCCCCCCGAGGCCGACUCCUCCAUCGCCAUGCUCGGCGCCGACGAGAAGCCGGACGUGACCUACGCCGACGUCGGCGGUCUCGACAUGCAGAAGCAGGAGAUCCGCGAGGCGGUCGAGCUGCCUCUGACCCACUUCGACCUCUACAAGCAGAUCGGCAUCGACCCGCCGCGCGGCGUGCUGCUCUACGGCCCCCCGGGGACCGGCAAGACCAUGCUGGUCAAGGCCGUCGCCAACUCGACGACGGCCAACUUCAUCCGCGUCGUCGGCUCCGAGUUCGUCCAGAAGUAUCUCGGCGAGGGCCCCCGCAUGGUCCGCGACGUGUUCCGCAUGGCCCGCGAGAACUCGCCCGCGAUCAUCUUCAUCGACGAGAUCGACGCCAUCGCCACCAAGCGCUUCGACGCCCAGACCGGCGCCGACCGCGAGGUGCAGCGCAUCCUGCUCGAGCUGCUCAACCAGAUGGACGGCUUCGACCAGACCUCCAACGUCAAGGUCAUCAUGGCCACGAACCGCGCCGACACGCUCGACCCGGCCCUGCUGCGCCCGGGCCGGCUCGACCGUAAGAUCGAGUUCCCGAGCCUGCGCGACCGCCGCGAGCGCCGCCUCAUCUUCACCACCAUCGCCAGCAAGAUGAGCCUCGCGCCCGAGGUCGACCUGGACUCGCUCAUCGUCCGCAACGACCCGCUCAGCGGCGCCGUCAUCGCCGCCAUCAUGCAGGAGGCCGGCCUGCGCGCCGUCCGCAAGAACCGCUACAACAUCAUCCAGGUCGACCUCGAGGACGCCUACUCGAGCCAGGUCAAGGGCACCAGCGACGAGAACAAGUUCGACUUCUACAAAUAGACGAACGCGAGGACGGCAAGACCUGGGGGGAGGGGGGAGGGGGCGAGCAAGUCGAUGCGCUGCGUCUCCGCUUGCGCGGGAAUCGUGGCGGGCCGGGCUCGCAGCGCGUCCAAAGAACUCGCCCUCGGAGCGGACGGGGGGGAAGGAGAUUCGAAGGCGCCUCGGGACGUGCGAUGUCCUAGCUAACCACACCGGGCUUGUGUGUGAGGACGGGCGGAGGCGCGAAAACGGGUCGCGGGACGCGGCAGGGCUAUGCCGAUGAGUAUGGGUACGGGAACGGCCGUGGCGGGAAGAGAAUAAUCCUGAUGUAAACUGUAUCAUAGCAAUACACACACGCGUGCGCGCGCAUCCUCACGCGGCGGACAUUACAAUGUGCCUGCCGCCGUGGUUUUCUUUUCCCCUUUUCCACCCCAGACGCUGGCAGGCAAGUCAGUUCACCUAGUGCUCGUAGUCGGGGCCGCGAGCAGUCCUACGUAUGCCGGCCCGAGCACGGCCUGGGUCGGGUACGGUUCGGUAGUAGUAAUAGACAAAAUCCUAUUCGCC